AUGUAAUAACUAGACAAUUAAGAAAUAUUGAUGAAACUUAAGUCUUCAAAAUAAUUUUGGGAUAUUAAAAAGAAAGUAUUUAAUUAUCUAUCUAGAUUAAAUAAGGCUUUAGUGAUUAAUAGAAGAUUGGAGUGAAUGAUAUUCAAAAAUUUGCUUAGAGUUGUGAAAUUGAAGAUCAGUUAAUUAAAUUGAUAUCUCAUAUUCUUAAAAAAUCUAAGAAAAGAGAAACUCUUAAGGAGGAUUAAAUUGAAUUUCUAAACACUUCAAAAAUAAAAUGGACAGAAUUGUUAUUUAAAAAUUUAGACAUUGUUCAUUAAAAAACAAAAAAUUAAGAAGAAGAUGAUACUAAUACUGAUUCUAAAUUAUACAUAUAUGAUGAAAAGAACCUAUUGGCAUUUUUAUAAACUUUUAAAUAAUAAUAAUCUAACAAUCUAUACUAAAAUGUUCAAUUUUAAUCAAAUAAAAUUUUGAAUAUUAAUAUACCUUUAAAGUCAUCAUAAUCUAUAUUAGACAAAUAUUAAUACUUAUUAUUAUAAGAAGAAUUGUCGGAUGAAAAAAUAAAUAAAAUUAGAAAGUAAAUUGAAAAUGAACAUUUAGAUAUUGAAUUAGAAAAAAUAGCUUAAACCUUUGUACCUAAUGGAGAAAGAUGUCUUUUAUAUUUAAAAUAUUUUGAAUUUGAUCACUAAGAUACUGUCUUAUAAUAACAUUUCGUAAAACUUUAAAAAGAAUGCUUAAAUCAAUUAUUUUAUGAUGAAUUACUCGAAAUAGAUGGACAUGAAAUAUCUGAAGAUACAUUUUAUUUUGUAUUUUAAGAGUAAAUUCUUACUUGUUUAAAAUGUUUUAUUAGAGAUAGAACAAUUAAAGAGAAUAUAAGAGUAUUUAUAUUAAUUAAUAAUUAGAUAUAAUUAUAAAGUGGAAUAAAGAAAGAACAUGCAGAGUUUUAAUUGCCAAUCACAGGAUUCUUUCCAUUCAAAAAUAUUUCAAAAUAUGUUGCACCAUUAUGUUACCUAUCUACAAAAAUACAUAUAAUUUAUGCAUUAUUUAAAGAAUUUUUUUGUAGAUAUUUUUGCUUUUUACAUGCUAUUUCAUCAGAAAGUAAUUCAAUUUUAUCUUUAUGCAUGUAAAUUGAAGAAAUUGUUAGUACUCGAUCUCCUAAAUUAUUUCAUCAUUUAAAGGUAAUUGGAUGUGAUACAUUAAAAUUGAUAAUACAUCAAUUAGUUUAUUGUUUCAUAGGUGAUAUGGAUCCACCACAUAUUUUAACUAUUUAUGAUUAAAUAAUAGGACAUGAUAGUUUAGAAAUUUUAGUAAUAUUAUGUGUUGGUUUUUUAAACAAAUAUAAAUCUAAAUUAUUGUUAGCUAAAAAUUAAGAAAAUGUAUAAUAAAUUUUUUCAGAAUUAAGAGAAGAUAGAUUUUAAGAAUUAGUGCAAUAUGCAUAUAAAUAAUGA